ACUAGCAGGCAUCCACUUCUCACAGGCUAAGAGAAGUCUCCUAGCAUCAAAGCAGAUUUGCAGAUAGACCUUCUCCAAGCCAUGGAGACUUUCACCCAGGAGCAUGUCAUUGGAAUUCCAUUGACUUCGUUUGCAUAUGCCGAUGAGGAAAGACAAGGAAAAUCUUCCUGUUCUGCCAUGGUUCAUAAAAAAAAUAAGAAGAGUUCCUUCAUUCAUCGGAUGAACAAACUGAGCCAUAAAACAGAUAGCUACAUGCAAGGAUUCAAAGAACACUUAACCAUGGGACCAAAAAUUUCAGAAACUAUAAAAGGGAAACUAAGCUUCGGUGCAAAGGUUCUCCAAGCUGGCGGUAUUGAUAAAGUCUUCAGAGAAUACUUUGCAGUUGAGAAAGAUGAGAAACUACGGAAGGCUUUCCAGUGCUAUCUUUCAACCACAGCUGGUCCAAUAGCUGGAAUGCUUUUCAUCUCAACUAAGAAGAUUGCUUUCCAUAGUGAUAGGCCUUUGAGUUUCACGUCUCCUAAAGGAGGCAGUACAAGGGUGCCUUACAAGGUGUUAAUCCCCACAGAGAGAAUGAAAAGUGCUUCAGUGCGGGAAAAUUUAUACAAUCCAGAUGAGAAGUAUAUUGAUGUAGUCACUGUUGAUGGCUUUGAUUUUUGGUUCAUGGGCUUUGUCAGCUAUGAGAAGUCAUUCAAAUAUCUCCAACAAGUAAUUAUGGAGCUGAGAUGAUGCACACAGUUUUGUAACGUGAAACAUCAUAGAUACCAUGUUGAUAUGGUAUAUGUACAUUGAAGAGAUAGAAUUGAUCUAUCACAUUGAUUGUGAAGCAAAGUUUUUCAAC